GAACAGAGUGAGAGAACCCAACAACUUGCUCAAGUCUGGGCCCACCUUGACCGGUUUGGCUUAGCACGCGAGCGGCCCAACUGCUUGAACCAACGCACACCUUGGGGCGCUAAGGGCAUGCCAAGAGCAGACGAUGUUGGGGGCCGCAAAGACAUCCCCUGAGCUGUUUACCUUGACUCCCGCAGCCCCCCCCCACCCUGCUGUGCUGCCUGUGACAACUCUAACCGUACCCAGGACGUACCAUACCGCUCUCCCAUCUCGCCACCAUGUUCAGGGCUCAACUAGCGCAGUUCUUCCCGGCCAAGCCGACCUUCACCGAGGACGAUGUCCCUCCGCAAGACGGCAAGGUGUUUAUCGUGACGGGCGGCGCCUCGGGCAUCGGCCUGGAGCUGUCCAAGAUCCUGUACCAAAAAGGCGGGCGCGUCUACAUCGCUGGCCGUUCCGAAGAAGACGGCCAACGCGCCAUCCAAACCAUCCAGACCGCCAUCCCCUCCUCCACCGGCACCCUCACCUUCCUCUACCUCGACCUCGCCGACCUCACCACCAUCAAAACCGCCGUCGCCACCUUCCAAUCCCACGAAUCCAUCCUCCACGUCCUCUUCAACAACGCCGGCGUCUCCCAGCCCCCCAUCGGCAGCCUCUCCACCCAGGGAAUCGAGCUCCAACUCGCCACCAACUGCCUCGGCCCCUUCCUGCUAACCCAGCUCCUCCUCCCCCUCCUCGAAGCCACCGCCGCCGCCGUCCCCACCGCUAACGCCACCGUCCGCGUAGUCUGGACCGCCAGCCAGAUGAUCGAACUCGCCGCGCCGCGCGGGACGGUUCUCCCCCCCUCCGAACUCCACACCCCGCCCCGAGACGCCACGUGCUGCUACGUCAACUCCAAGACGGGCAACUACCUGCUGUCCGCCGAGCUCGCGCGCCGGCAGCAGCAGCAGCAGCAGCAGCAGCAGCAGCAGCAGCGGGGGCGGGGCCGCGCCACCACUCCCAGUGGUGGUGGUACUACUACUACGGCUGCUGCGCCGGUGCUCAGCGUGUGCACCAACCCGGGCGCGGCGGCCACGGCGCUGUUCCGGCACACGCCCUGGAUGGGGUAUCUGGCGUGGCCGCUGCUGUAUCCGGCGCGGCUGGCGGCGCUGACGCAGCUGUACGCGGGGCUGGCGGAGGAGGUAGCAGUUGCGGCGGCGGCGGCGGGGGGGAACGGGUGCUACGUGGUGCCGUGGGGCCGGGUGGCGACGGCGGUGCGGCAGGAUCUGGUGGACGCGGGGAGGCUGGAGGGGGAUGGGGACGGGACGGGGGAGGCGAAGGGGUUUUGGGCGUGGUGUGAGGAGGUGACGGGGGAGUAUCGGUGAGGUUCCAUGCGGGCAACCUACCUACCUACCUAGGUAGGUAACUGGGUACCUGGGGAUCUUGACCCGGGUUCGCAGGUAGGUAUCGGUUUUGGAGCGUAA